AUGGGUUUAGUAAAUUCCUAUGGAAGUCUUAUUGCGUGUCGUCUAUUGUUGGGUGCUUUUGAAUCAGGUCUUGCUCCAGGUGUCAUUUUCUAUCUCUCGAGUUGGUACAAGGGAUGUGAGCUCUCGUGGCGUGUAAGUAUUUUUUUCUCAGGUAUUACUCUUGCUGGUGCCUUCGGUGGUGUGUUUGCUUAUGGUAUCACUAAGAUGGCUGGUGUUGGCGGGCAAGAAGGUUGGCGUUGGAUCUUCUAUCUAGAAGGCAUUGUGACAGUAGUUGUUGGAGCAUUGGGUUUCUUUCUUAUUAACGAUUUUCCUUCUGAUCGACCAAAAUUUCUAACCGAGUCUGAAUGCAAGCGUGUCAUGACUCGUCUACAAAUCGAUGCAAGAACUGAAGAUAGCGAAGAUUUUAGCUGGAAUCAAGUAUAA